GGAGGAAAAGGGACAUGGGGAGUGCGAUUUUCCUCUGGAAGACAUUUUUCAGGAAACAAAAUUACCUCGAAAGGCGAUGUUAAGGCAGCUAUAUUAGCAGGUUCAGUUUACGGGGCCUCAUACUGGCAGAGACGUUUCAGUUUCAGGUCAAAGGGGGAUUUGCCAGAAGUCUGCUACAAUGACAAAUAUGAUAAAAAUAAUUUGACCAAUGUAUCAUAUGUGGGACGGUUUAUUUGCCCGACAGACGACACUAUGGGUAAUGACCACACCUACUGCUGCGGUGAAGAGGGGCAACAGUACUGCUGUACAUUCUGGGAUGAUUUAGGACGCGUACAUUGGGCCGUAUCGGGAAUUUUAGUUUUGGUUGGUGUUUUCAUGAUUGCUUGCGUCUACUGUCACGAGUACUAUUUCUGCCAUUGCUUUUUCAUUCCUAAUAAAUUUAUUAAACUGAACCUGCGUUCUUCAUCCCCGCUUGGUUACAUUUGGCGUCGCCGGGAACUAAAGCAAUGGCUAGUGGUGACAACGGAGAAUUUCAUGUAA